ACACAUGUCCAAGAACAAUAAUAUUUGUUUCAUGUAAUGGCUUUCUUGUAGGGUGGUUCUCUGUGUCAGUUGCCAGCCAUGGCUCUUGUCUGGUCUGGACGGCAAUGUGUGUCCAUUCCAUCAUUUACUAGUCGUCGGCAGUUGUCCUGCUUGAUAUCCACUUCGGACGUGAGGACACCAUCACCUAGAGGAGGUGUUCUUGUAAGACAUGGACAGAAGAACAGCUGGCUUAUGAACUACACCCUGGAGGAGCUGUUCUUCUCAGCAAAGGGAGGCUACAACUCGUUCAAGAAUGCUGCUGCGGGCAAAGGUGCUGCCAGUAUGCGGGAGCGAGAUCUUCUUGUUUUCCAUGACACCAAGGCUGCCAAGCUAAGCAAAUAUGCCCUGCCAGGAAUCAACGUACCAGAAAGCGUCAUGAGGUAUCCGAAGGAGCUCUCGGACGAGGAGUUCGAGGCUACUAACAAGAGGAUUGAACCGAAAGAAGAGAAAGACAUUGUGAUGAUUGACAUUGAGAAUCCAGAAGACCUGCGGCGCUAUAAAUGGCUGAACCGCUUUGGAACCUACUACAUGCCCACCACGAGACAUCCUAAAAUCAUUGAGAAGCGCGUCCCCACCUACUACCCGGGCUCCAAGGCCAUCGAGCCAGUCAAGGAAGUGGUGGUGAUGAAGAAAGGUGCUGGUUUCACUGGCGGCAUCCGUGCUGGACAAACCCUUGGCCCACCGGAGAACAAGCACAUCAGUGUGGAUGUUGCUCAGGACUUCCAGUCUGUGCUGCUCGAUAUUAGAAAAGUAUCUCACUCUCGUCCUACUGGUCGUAAACUCAAUGCCCGUGCCGUAGUGGGCGUUGGCAAUGGAAAUGGACUAGUUGGUUAUGAAACUGCCACUGCCAGUGACAUGCGUAAAGCUGCCAGGAAAGCACGCAACAAGGCAAUCACUCGGCUCUAUCAUGUUGAACUUUGUGACAACCACACCAUUUACCGUAAUAUGGACGUGAGGAGAGGACGUACUCGUAUGUUCUUCCACCGCAAGGAAACAGGCUAUGGUGUACACUGUCAUCGCGUAGCGCGGGCACUGUGCCGUCUGGCUGGAGUCAAGGAUGUCCAUGCCAAGGUCCGCGGCUCGGCCAGUCCUAUCUCUGUAGUUGGCUGUACUCUCAAAGCUUUGACUGGCCAGUUGAACCAUGAAGAGUUUGCUGAACAGACUGGUAAGCACAUCGUGGAGAUGCGACGUGAAUUUGGCUACAGACCUGUCGUAGUGGCAUCACCGAAAGCCAGUGUCAACAAGCCCAGUCCAUUGCUGAAAAUGACCAAGCAGCCAUACACUGGUGUUGUUCCACUGCCGUAUGAGCAACUGCUGAGAACGUGGCAUACUGCGCAGCAGCCCGCUGACUUUAUCCAGGAGGAGAAGGGAAAAGAAAUCCUGGCCGAACAUGCUGCUUCUGGUGUAGACUUCUAAUUUGACUCACAAAUCUUAUUCAACUCCUGUACAAUUCUGUUGUGAAAGACACGAAUCCUGAUCCGAACAGUCCUCAGCUAGCUACUGUAUCAAUGCGGAAGUGUUACUUCAUCGCCAUGAGUAACUAUACAGAUGAUGUGACAGUCACGAGUCUAGUCGUGAUCACCUCACUCCAGCCCUUGCCUUUGCCCUUGGUGAUGGAGACUGUGUGUGCUAGCGUAGAAUGAGUACGAUCAACAAGCACUGUGACCUUGGUUGUGUCUGCCUCAAGCACAACGCCACGGUGAGUGUUGACCGACACAAUAGGGGCACGAAAAAUCGUACUCCGGAACCUCUCUAAUGCAAUGUUUCAGUACGGUGGCCAAGCUGCACAUUAGCUUCUAACAGUCGUCGGCCGGGCUCAGCACUUGAAGCAGUGUGUUAACGACACGACCGCUUCACGUGACUUCAGUAUUCAUCGUCAUUCUCAGCUUUUCACAAAAGAUAAUUUUCGAGACGAAUAACCGUUGCUCCAUGUGGGUGGGUAUGUACUUCAAA